AUGCUUUCUGUUCAAAAAAAUGCAACAAAGAAAAAUACAAAAGCUAUUAACUCAUUUUUUGCAUUUAAAACUAUAUUACUAAACCUUUUGAAGCAAUUAGGAAUAGGUGAAUUUGCUGCUCGUAUAUUUGCAGAAUUUGCUGGUGAGAUUUGGGAUAGUUUCGAACAACUUAAACCAAGGUAUAGAUGCCUUGCUGACGAAAUAAACCGUAAAGAUGAUAAAAACACUAUUGAUGAUGGCUCCUGGGCUAAUAAUAGCAAAAAAUAUGUAAAUGGUUCACAAUAUCCAACAAUGAUAUCUGUUUUUGGCAUUACUUCUUGUGAAGCUUUGUCUCCUGAUACAAAAUUGCGUUUUGAAGAGAUUCUAAAAAAACAUAAUUUAAAUGAAAGUCAAAUCAGAAAACUGCUCGAGAACGAAAAGUUCUGGAAACCGGACAUAGAUUAUUGGGAACAACUACAAAAAAAUAAGGAUAACGUCAAAUACAAGAAGAAUACUUUCAAUAGAACAAUUUUGAAGAAGAAUGAUGUUAAGUCUUCAAUCAAUAACAGAAGAAGUAAGCAGAGAAGGAUAGCUCCAAGAGUAGUCAGUAAGGGAGAGGAAAGGAAGCAAAAUAUAGAUCCUGGAAUUCAAUCUGAGCCACAAGGCAUUAGUGACACUAAUAUCUUUUUUGAACAUCCUGCAAAGAUCCUUAGAAAUGAAAUUUUAGGAAGUAUUACUGAUUUUGGAUUUUCAAAAUAUAUUGAAGAAAGGAAAUUUAUUAUGUCAUCUAGCUAUUCGGAAAAUAGUUAA